UAUUAUCAUUUACAAACUAAUUUAAUACACGGGUUCCGAUAACGUAAAUAAAUCUGUUUAGUACUGAAAGGUUCGCUUUGAACCACAUAAACUGUUGAAAUAAUGUUUUAAAUUAAUUUUUAAACACCCCGCCUUAACUAAAGGGUUAACAUAAACGUCACGUGACCUUGUUAUUUAUCUGCUUUUUAUCUGUCAGUGUAAAGUGUGUUUUGGUGAGAAAAAAAAAGUAAUUUUUCCUCUUUCGGGUAUGAAAGAAAAUGCCACAAGGACGAAGGAAAAUUCCGUUCAGCGGAAAAGCGAAGAAAGAACAGCUCAAGGCUAAAAAACAAGGGAAACAUCCACAAUCUCAGGACCAUAGGGGUACGAAUCGAAAGAAAGUUUUGCUGAUGGAUCGUUCCGACGACGAAGAGAAUGGCUCUGAAGCUGUUCAAAAAGUCAAUUAUCAACCAACAAGGGGGAAACAGGGAAAUCGGUAUAUUUUACAAUUUUACAAGGAAGCUGAUGAGGAAAUUAAACGAAGAAAAGAACUUGCUAGACAUUCUUUGGAGUAUAUUAGCGAAGAUAAAUUGGAAAUUAAUGGCGAUGAAUAUUUUCCUAAAGAUUUAGAUUUUCCAAAGAGGCCUUUAUGGUCUUACGACAUGUCUAGAGAAGAAGUAGAAAUGAGGGAGCAAAGAUAUUUUAUGGAGUACUUAAAUCAUUUAGAAAAGAAAUUUUCAUGGAAAGAUUUAAGUUAUUUCGAACUCAACUUAGAAACUUGGCGACAAUUAUGGAGAGUACUUGAAAUGUCGGAUAUAAUCUUAUUUAUCAUUGAUAUCAGAUUUCCAGCUUUGAUGUUUCCACCUUCUUUAUAUGAUUACACAACAAACGUAUUAAAAAAGGACAUGAUUCUAGUCAUGAAUAAAAUAGAUUUAUCCCCAGCUCCUUUAGUGGCGGCUUGGAAAAACUAUUUCAAAGAGAAAUACCCAAACUUACACAUUUUGAUGUUUACUUCUUUGCCAGGUUACAAUUUAAUUGGAAAUCAAUCGAAUAAAUCCGGUUUACAAGUACGCCGACGUAAAGGGAAGCUAAAGAUGGCUUCUGAAGGAGCUCAACUCCUUCUCGAUAUCUGCAAAGAUAUUGUUAAAGAGCAAGUUGAUUUAGCCUCCUGGCAAAAUAAAAUCAAAGAAGAAAUGUCGAUGGAAUAUGAUGAAAACGAAGCGGUACAAAUCGAAGAGAGUAUAAGUAUCAAAAAAAUUGAUACCGGGUUUUAUCAACACAAUAAAUAUAUUGAUGGAGUUUUAACUAUUGGUUGUAUUGGUCAACCGAACGUUGGAAAAUCUUCAGUUAUGAAUGCUUUGAUGGGAAAAAAAGUUGUUAGCGUUUCAAGAACUCCUGGUCAUACAAAACAUUUCCAAACAAUCUUUUUAACACGCAAUGUGAGAUUGUGUGAUUGUCCAGGGUUAGUUUUUCCUUCGAAAGUUCCAAAGGUUUGUCAAGUACUUAUGGGAAGUUUUCCUAUUGCUCAAUUAAGAGAACCAUAUACAACUAUUAAAUAUUUAGCCGAAAGAAUUGAUUUACCAAAAUUAUUAAAAAUUGAUCAUCCAGAUGGUGAUGAUUCUUGGUCAGCAAUGGAUAUUUGUGACGGUUGGGCUAAAAAACGAGGUCUUAUAACAGCAAAAGCAGCUCGAUUGGAUUCUUAUCGAGCUGCAAAUAGUAUUUUAAGAAUGGCUUUGGAUGGAAAAUUAUGUUUAAGUUUAACACCACCUCAUUACACUGAACGAAAAGAUUUCUGGUUAAAUCAUUCGGAUGUUGAAAUUGUGAAAUGGAUUCAAGCUAAAGGCGGUAGCGAUAUGGAAAAUAUCGAAAAUAUUCCUCCUGAAGAUUUGUCGGAUGAUGAUGAUGGCGAUGAAUUGCAUUCUGCGGCUUGUGGUGGUCCAGAUGAGUCUUCAGAGAGUACUUGUGAGGAGGAAAUAAGUGACACUGAGGAUGUUGUUGCAAGCACAAAUAAAUUCGCUGCUUUAAGUGAUGCUUAAAAUCAAUGUUAAGUAUACCAGAAACAAAUAUCUAAUAUUCAGUCUAUGUUAUUCAAAUUGUAUUGCAUGUAUGACAUUUCAAUGUAUAUUAUUAUAAAACGAAAUAAAAAAUCACUCUCUUUAUGGUUA